AAUUAAAUAUUUUAGUAACAAGCCAACACGAGCCGUAGCCGACACGACUUUUCAAACAUUCCAAAUUAAAAUAAGUACAACAACGAAUAUGAAAUCAGUUUUGUUUGGCUUUCGCUCCAAUCUCCUUCGAUGGCGGGCCAUCGGCGACCAGCAGAAUCAGCAGCAGCAUCGCAGGACCCUGGCGGCUAUCCUGCACCAGCCGCAGCCGCAGCCGCAGCAGCAGCAGCAGCCUCGUAGAACUCUGUGGAAAAAUGCGGCCUUGCUUGUGUCCCCCCAAGAAAAGACGCAGCCACAGAGUGGGGAAAUGCCACGUCUCCGCUUCAUGCAGUAUCAGCGGCCCCAUGACGCUGUCAAGCGACUGGGCGUAGUUUCCGAUGAUGGCAGCAAGAUGGUGGAGCUGUCGAUCAACACGUGCGCCGACGACGACAUGGUGAAGUUCAUCCGUCAGCGCUACUGCAUGAACACCCUGCUGGAUAACUUGCAGUAUUUGAAAGUGAGGGACGUGUACAAGGAUCUGCGCCUGCUGCCGCCCAUCGGUGAUCCGUGCAAGAUCGUGGGAGUGCAAAACAACUACGCGGAUAACUGUGACGAGCAGCACAUACCCAUACCGCGGGAGCCGUCGUUUUUCGUCAAGUUCAGUACCUCCAUCACCGGCCCCCUGGACAAUAUACAGGCCCACCGCCAGGCCAAGCACAUCGACUACGGCUGCCAGCUGGUCGUGGUCAUUGAGCGGACAUGCCGCAAAGUGCCCCGCAGCGCAGCCAUGAAGCACAUCUUUGGCUACACGCUGGCCCAGGACAUCACCGCCCGUGACUGGAGCGCCCUGCUCGGCGGCAAGUCGCUGGACACCUUCUGCCCCCUGGGCCCCGCCAUCGUGCACAAGUCCCAUGUGCCCGAUGUCAAUAAUCUGUGGAUCAAAACAAUCGUCAACGGGGAGCAGCGGCAGACGGGCAACACAAGGAAUAUGAUCUUCAAAAUUGACUAUCUCGUGCAUCGCCUGUCUCAGUUCAUAACGCUCUAUCCCGGCGACAUGAUACUGACUGGCACACCAGCCGGGGCCGGGGCAUAUAGGCGGCCAACAAGCUUCCUGCAGCCCGGCGAUCGCAUCGAUAGUGAGAUACAAAUAUUGGGUAAAAUGAGCAACAGAGUUGUGAAUGCCGUGGCUUAAAGCAACCAAAACGAAGGACACUUAAGAACGGAGAAUAAACAAGGAAUACGAGUAUAGCA